CACACACUCUCUCCUCAAGACAUCGGUAGGGACUCAGUUAUCUCCUGAAGACUCGCAGCACUGAAGUGAUUAGUAACUAUGAAGGGGCUUCUGCUCCUGUGCCUGCUCCCCUUGCUUGGAGGUCAGAGGUCAUCAGCAUGCCCCCACCUUUGCUCCUGUCAUGGCAGUCAAGUGGACUGCAGCAGCAGGUCUCUCACUUCCUCCUCGCUGCCCACCAGUUUCCCCGUCGGCACCACCUCCCUCCGUCUCCAUGAUAACCGGCUGACCCGCCUCCCCAACGGGCUCCUGGAUGACCUGACCUCCCGCCCCGUCUCCCUUCACGGUAACCCCUGGGAGUGUGACUGCGGCGUCCUCUACCUGCGGGCCUGGCUGCUGCGUCAGCCCGCCGCACUCACGUCACACCUGGGCGUCAACUGCAGCUCCCCUCCCGGCCUCAGAGGGCGGCUGGUGGUGAAUUUGACGGAGAAGGAGGUGCUGGAGUCCUGCCACUACUGGUACUGCGACCUGGCUCUGGCCUCACAGGUGUGCCUGUUUGUGUUUGUGCUGGUGCAGGCGGCUCUGCUGGUGGUUCUCAUCGUGUUCCUGAGGAGGUUCGAGAGGCUCGCCCAAGAGGCGAGGAGGACCACGGAGUAGAGCUUCACAGCCGGGGAGAAUGCGAGGGAGAACGAGUACGCGCCUUUAAACGACGGUAGCAAGUGAGACGGAGCUGUGAUGGAGAAGAGCUGUUUGUCUUGUGCACACCGGAGAGUAAAUGUCUCUCACACACUUUUGUGUUUCCCUCCAAUACCAAAAUUCACUUUGACGCAAAGCCAGGUGACCAAUUGAAGAAAACCCCGAAUAAAUGAGUAGCAGUUGCAUCAAUGCUGGAAACAAGUGGAAUGGUUUAACCCAAUGAAGCCAGGAGGCAGGUACAGGACCAACAUGCACUGGGGCGGGCCUAUAUGUUGUUGUUUUUUUACCAGCGCAGGAGAGGCAGCGUUGUAUUUGUUGUAUUUUUUGUUUGCUUGUUUUGUUUUGCUCAAUAAAUCAUGAGAAAAACAGAA